GGGGGAAGAGCACGGUGUUGGGGACCCACAGAAGGCAGUAGGUGGGGCAGGACGGAGGGCACUGCGUCGGGAGAAAGUGGAGGGGCGCCGCAGAGAGAGCCGCGAGGGUGUCCUCUGGCCGCUGGUGGCCGCGCGCCCGCGCCAUGGUUGACGUUCUGGGCGGGCGGCACCUGGUGACCUGUAAGGGCGCGGCGGUGGAGGCCGAGGUGGCGCUGCAGAACAAGGUGGUGGCGCUGUACUUCGCGGCGGCUCGGUGCGCGCCCAGCCGCGACUUCACGCCGCUGCUCUGCGACUUCUACACGGCGCUGGUGGCCGAGGCGCGGCGGCCCGCACCCUUCGAAGUGGUCUUCGUGUCUGCCGACGGCAGCGCCCGGGAGAUGCUGGACUUCAUGCGCGAGUUGCAUGGCGCCUGGCUGGCGCUGCCCUUCCACGACCCCUACCGACAUGAGCUGAGGAAGAGGUACAACGUCACGGCCAUCCCCAAACUUGUGAUUGUGAAACAAAAUGGGGAGGUCAUCACCAACCAAGGGCGGAAGCAGAUCCGGGAGCGCGGGCUGACCUGCUUGCAGAACUGGCUGGAGGCGGCCGACGUCUUCCAGAAUUUCUCCGCUUGAAGUGGGAGGGACCUCAGAGGGCCAGGACAGGUCCUGUUUCUCUACCGCAGAUGCUGGGCAAAGAGGAGCAUGUUGGGUUCCUUCCUCUGCUGGUGUGAUUCCAUUGUAUUUCAGAGCAGAAGCACUAAACUGUGGUAGACGGCAGCCAUUGCUCAGGAAAUAAUGCACUCCCUAUUUUGUUCAUGCAGCUUGUUUGUAUUAUCGUAUUUUUGCUACUCUUUGCAUAUCUUUAUCCAUCUGUGCUUAAGAAAGAAUCCUCAUAUAUUCAUACUGAGCUGUUGGAAAUCUAUGCAAUUCUUCAGGUCACAUAAUAUAUUUAUUGAUAACAUUUUCUGGUGAUCUGUUUAUUUUAAUGAUAUACUUUCAUAACUAUCUUAAUAAAAUUUGCAAGCGGUGUGCUUUAAUAAACA